UAUCUGAGUGGACCGAUACCACAUAACAAUAUGUGCCUCUAAGUUUCCCCCACGAAGGACAGCCAAAGAAAUACGCCACAUAUCUUGCUACACUUGGUAUCAGCCUCAGUAAUGAAAACACAAGACAGAAGACACUCUGCAUUUCACUGAGUGUUAAGCCACAGAGCACGUUCCUGGUUCGGCAAAUGCUGCAGCAGGACGGACACGAUGGAGAAUCCUUUGGAGAGAAGGGUGAUUACCAUACCAGCUUUGGGACGCAGCUUUCGACUAGGGAUGCUGUAUGAUUGCAGAAUCGACUCACCAAUCUCUGCUAUAACAUUAUGGAAUUCAACCAGUCUUGAAAACAGGACAGUGCAGCCAUUAAAUCAUAGUAAUUCUGAUGUGUUGUGCUUUGACUCUCUGAAUGACAAAGUCUCAGCAUUAACAAUGAGUGGUUCACUGAAACUGAGCUUUAUGAGCGGUCUUCUACAGUUAGAGGGAGCAGGGAAAUACCUUUAUAAUGAAAAGAGUUCCAGUCAAGAGAAAAAUGUAACUUUGCACUAUAACUGUACUACAAGAGAAGAAAGCAUGACAAUGGAACAGUUGGGCUGCGACAGACUUCAGCAUCCAUAUGUUAUUGAUCAAGGCAUAGCGACACAUGUGGUCAUCAGUAUUGUGUACGGGGCGCAAACAUUUCUAACCUUCAAGAGAAAAUAUUCUUUAUCAGAGUUUGGUACACAAAUAGAAGGUAACGUUAAAGCCAUAAUUGGAAAAAUUCCUAUAUUAGGUGUAAAAGAAGAUAUCCUGCUGAAUAUGACUGAAAAUGAGAAGAAAGAAAGUGAAAUGUUUGAAUGUAGCUAUACUGGAGAUUUUAAUUUACCCAAAAAUCCUUCAUGUUAUUUAGAAGCAGUGAAGCUUUACCAAGAGUUUCCUAAGCUUCUGGGAACAAACGGUGAAAAUGCUGUUCCUGUUCAAGUCCAGCUCUAUCCACUUAUUCUAAUCGAUGAAAAAGCUCCAAGACUAGUUAGAGAGAUUAGCACAGGAUUGAUUACUGAAAUAGAAACUUUGUUUGAAAAAAUGGAUGAAUUAAGAGUUGAAUGCAGAGACAUUUUGCAGUCUGUUGCGGCAAAAACAUUCCCUUACUUUAGGGAACAAUUGCAGGAUAUUGAAAGAUUAAUGAGGAGUUGCAAAAGUAAAAUACAAGAGAAAAUGGGUGUGAUGUUGCCUGAAAUCAGAAGUGGUAAGGAAGAAAAGAGAAGCCUGGUGGACCUCGUUCAUGAGACAAACAAAUCACCAGCCAGUUUUGAGAGUCUCAGCUCAUUGCUCUCAGGUAAGAGAAUUCAAGCACAUUUUCUCAACAACUGUGUAUCAGCCAUGCCGGAUAUUAAGUUUGCCACAAGAAAGGGUGACUUAGAGUCUGUGAAUAUGGGGAUUAAUAAGACUCAUACCUUAUGUUUGGUUAUUUCUUUACCAUCGCAUAAAUCCAAGAUUGAGAUGAUGAGGCAGUUUUGUCUUGGACAACAAUUCUCAAGCAGUUGUCAAAAAGUACCUGGCUCAGUCACAACACAACAAAAAAAUAGUAGACCCACUCAAGAGAUUGUUGAUGAAUUUAGAAAAUUUUAUAGAAUUAAUAAGUACUCUAUGAAGACCUCUUUUAUAGUGACACAAGAAUUUUCUGAAAAUGAUAAUACAAUUCAUGCUCAGGUUAAUUUCUACAAAAAUCAAGAUCUGAUCAGUGACAACUAUGAACUGCCAUCACCACCAAGCAUGAUAACUACAAUAAGGACAAAGGAUGUCACCAUCACGUGGAAUCCACCAAAGCACGGUGCUUCAAACAUCACUUCCUAUGUUGUCAUAUGCUAUGGCCCUAACAACACUAUAGAAUUCAUAGCAGGCCGUGAUGAGACUGCAGCUAUCAUUGGAAGAGAGCAUACCAUUUUUGCAAUUUUCCCGUUAUUAAUUAAGGUAGAGGUGUUUGCCAUGUGUGAGGCUGGGAAGGGACCAAGCUUUCAAUUUAUGCUAAACUUGUGAAGGGUCUAUCUUUCAAAACCCUAGAAAAUACAAAUCCGAAACCCGGAUGUGAGAAUUUGGAAUUGGUAAAUUCAC